CGAGUCGUCCGCGGGGCGGGGCUCCCGGCUCCCGGCUCCCGGCUCCCGGCUCGGAAUCCCCGCAGGCGCCUGGGCGGCGCGGCCCCAGCAGGCAGCGAGCCCGGGGGUGUGGGGGGGGGGCGGGCGGCCGCCCCGCGCCCCUGCCGCCAGGCCCCGCCAUGCAGGGCUCCGCCGGGAACGCGAGCCGCGCGUUGCUGCCGGGAGGCCCGCCGUCCACCGCGGCGUCCGGGGCGGGCCGCUGCGAGAGCGGCGCGCUCAUGCACAGCUUCGGCAUCUUCCUGCAGGGGCUGCUCGGCGUCGUGGCCUUCAGCACGUUGAUGCUCAAACGCUUCAGAGAACCGAAGCAUGAAAGACGACCGUGGAGAAUAUGGUUUUUAGAUACUUCCAAACAAGCCAUAGGAAUGUUGUUCAUUCACUUCGCGAAUGUGUACCUGGCUGAUCUCACAGAAGAGGACCCUUGUUCGCUGUACCUCAUCAACUUCCUCCUGGACGCCACUGUGGGCAUGCUGCUCAUCUACGUGGGCGUGAGGGCCGUCAGCGGACUGGUGGAGUGGCAGCAGUGGGAGUCCCUGCGUUUUGGCGAAUAUGGAGACCCUCUACAGUGUGGAGCCUGGGUCGGGCAGUGUGCACUGUACAUCGUGAUCAUGAUCUUUGAGAAGUCUGUCGUCUUCAUCGUCCUCCUCAUACUGCAGUGGAAGAAGGUGGCCCUGCUGAAUCCCAUUGAGAACCCGGACCUGAAACUCGCUAUUGUCAUGCUGAUCGUCCCCUUCUUUGUCAAUGCUUUCAUGUUUUGGGUAGUGGACAAUUUCCUCAUGAGGAAGGGGAGGACGAAAGCAAAGCUUGAAGAAAGAGGAGCCAGUCAGGACUCAAGGAAUGGGAGCAAGGUCCGCUACCGGAGGGCUGCGUCCCACGAGGAGUCAGAGUCUGAGAUCCUGAUCUCAGCCGAUGACGAGAUGGAGGAGUCCGACGUGGAGGAAGACCUCCGCAGACUGACCCCCCUGAAGCCUUCAAAGAAAAAGAAGCACCGCUUCGGGCUGCCCGUAUGACACAUUGGCGUGCUCGGGGUCAGGCUGGGGCCCCGCUGGCUGCCGGGUCAGCGGACGGGGGCCCCUGGGCAUCCUCCUCCCCAUCUCUCUCAGCCCCUCCUCUUCUACCUCCACUCCUCUUGCUGUCUCUGCCCACUCCCAGAUUACUGUGACGAGAGAGGGAAGAGGAGCCAGCACUGAGGGGGCCGAGGCCACCGGAAGGCCCUGCUCAGUUGCACUACAAACACUGACCAAAUAUGCAAGUGAGGUGUUCUGUUUGUUGUCCCAAACCUUGCCGUGGGGGACCCAGAGCCCCGUCCUGUGUCUGUCAGGGUGGUAAUGAGGGCGAGGACACACGUGAGUUUGCAGAAGGAACAGGUCUGGGCUGCAAGUCACUCAUUGACCAAGUUGAAGCGCAAAUGCUUUCUUCCUCGAAGUGGCUUUUGUAACUAUUGAUUUCUAAAGCCGGAUUUAUGAGCUGUCACAGCGUUCCUGUUUUUCGAGUACGUGUUGACUUCCUAUUGGGACUAAUGGGCAAAACAUAGGUUUUUUUUAAGUCUUCCGUAUGCUAUCGACUUUUAUAUUUUUAAGUUAUAUUUUCAUACUAUUGUAUUUAAAAACUCUUUUUAAUCCCCAAAGAAAUGGGUUUAUUUGCCUUUUGUGGGAUGAGACUAGGUGGGAGGGAAAGUUGGGAGGUUUUUGUUGUUGUUGUUGUUGUUGUUGUUGUUUGUUAGUUCUUAUUGGCAUCGUGUUAGGUAACCUCUCACAAUGAGAUGAGGGAAAUAACCCUGCCGGGAAAGAUCACGGGGCCUUAUUAGAAAUCAGCAAACCCAGUGGUUCCGUCAGGGUCAGACCUGGGCUUGAGGGAACCGCUUCCAGGAUGGAGCCACGCUUAUGAAUUCCUCAGCAUGUCUGCUGGCAGGUCAGAGGGACCAAGUAAGAGAGUAAGAGCCUACGAGUCUGUGUGUCCAGAGAAACGGAGACCGUUUGGCUGGUCUUGUCUGUGGCCGGCUUCUUUUCAGAGGCUCCAAGUCUGACCUUUAAAAUACAGUCUUGACCUCCUUGUACCCACCACUGCAGCUCGCAGAGAACCAGCCUCUGGACUCGGCUCCAGGAACGUCCUCUUGGGUGUCGUUCCCCGCGCCUGUCACCGGCGUGCCAUCCUCUUGUUUGGCACAACAGCCUGGAGGAUGCCUGUCUGAUGGCCGUUGGGCAUCUGUCUAUGGGGUGGAUCGAGGUAGGAGAGCCCGUCAUCCCCAGGCAGAAUGAGGUGCCUCUGGGGGACAUGCCUCAGCUGGGGCACGGCUCCCCGUGGCUUUGGGCGUCUGCUCUCCCGGGAACCCGCCCUGUGGUGAAGCACUAGGACGGAGUGGCUCAGUGUUUUGUCAUAGCCCAGAGGCGGCAUGAACAUCCGGGAACAGGAAUCACGCCGCUAGUGUGUGGACUAGACAUGAGACAGGUGCAGGGGGACCGUACCACCCAGAAACUUCUUUCCAGACCUCCAUAAAAAAGGCUUCGUGUAAGCCUGUUCCGUUUAACUGUGCUAUGUGGGCCGAACCAUUAAGCCUUGAGAUACUUUCUCCCUUCUUUCUUCAACUGGCCAGAGGGCAGAGAGGAGCCAAGACCGUAACUGCAGAAGGGGGUGACUCUGUCAAUAAAGGGGUGUGGCUGCAAAGAGGGCAGGCUGGGCAGCGUGUGAAGUUGGAGCUGGUGUCCACCGCCACAUGGCUCUGCUCGUUUCACUGUCUUCUGCCCCCUCCCGUCCCGUCCCGUCCCGUCCCGUCCCGUCCCGUCCCGUCCCGUCUGCACGGGCGGCUCUGAGCGGCUGGAGGCUGGUCACGGCGCUCACUUUGAGGAGGGCCGGGAUCCACGAUGUUCCUGGCAGGCGGCAGCCCCUUGGGGGCAUCACAGGCUCUCCUUACUUCAUCUCGCUUCGAACGACCUGUUGGAGUGAGCUGUCUCCUGCACCUUCCCGGGUCUCAGAACUACAGCUGUGGCUCCCGUCUUUGUUUGUUGGGUCUCUGUUUGCUUUCCAUUUUCAGUCUCGAGCUCCUAACAUUCCACACUGGGAUCAAGGGGUAAAAGAAGGAAACCGGGGUGCCGGGGGGGGGGUACAUAAACCUUGGAGGACCCACUCAUCCAGAGGCUUCUCCCGGCUCCUCCUGGGCAGUGGGUUUGCAAGGCGGGGUGGUAGGCAGGCCUGCUCUCCCCUCUAUCCUGCUCUUCAGUGAGGGCUCUAGCCUGUGAGUCGCAGCGGUGUGCCUGGCCAACUCGAGGAUGGAGGUCUGAUCAGAGAGGACUCCGUAGCACAGACUUGGGCAGUGUGUGUGCUUGGUCUCCCGUGUGUCUGUGUGUGUGUGUGUGUGUGUGUGUGUGUGUGUGUGCGCGCGCGCGCGCACAUACACGUGUAUAUGGCCUACACUUUCAUGUUCACUCACUCACACAGUUGAUAGCCCCUCGGUGCCCCUCCUGCAGCCGGGGUGCCGUCUGUCUGCGCGAGAGCGGAGGCAGAAGGCCUUGGUCAGGACCUGUUCCCCAGCUGUCCGUCCUCCCUGGGACGAGUCCCCUCACCGCCCAUUCCAAGGUGCCUUAUGAAGCGCAGCUCUUCACUCGGCCACGUGGCAGGCAGCCCUGAGCUAAAGAAGCGGCGGGGCGUCAGCUGGACACUGCGAGUCACCAGUGUGAUCUAGGCCCCGGCCUUGCCACUCGUGACCGACUCUCGAAAGCCCUUCCUGGCAACAGUGAGUCACGGCUUCAUGUGGACCUGUUGCCCCCCCUUCGGCAGCGUGGGCCUGCAGGUGCCCCAGGGACCUGGAGCAAACUCUGACCGCUGGCUGCCCACUCUGGGCUUUCCCUGAGCAGCGCGGCCACCUAGCGAGGUGUGGGACUGUCCUGUGGGAAUCUCACAUGAUCCCAGGCAGAGGCGGAGAGCCAUCUGUGUUCAUCUAUAAGAAGCCGGCAGCCCUGCAGGGCAGUGCACCCAGUGAAAGGCUUCUGUAUGACGGGAGCAGCUAGUUCUGAUACCAGGGGUGGGGUGGACGAGUUGGUUUCAUUUGAUUUCUCUCUUCGUGACAUUUAUGGGCAGUCAUGUGACCUCUGUGAGCAAAUCAUGGCCUGCUUCUGCUGCCCUCCCUGCGGGGGGGGUGUUUAAUCAGUGAUCAAACUGUUGUGAUUUACAGAAACACGUUUUUGAAAUGAAAGGGAAGGGAAGAUGAUGUACUCACACUGUAAAAUGGUUUACAAAUAAAGUUUGACAUCUUACUGCUUUUUUUAAGAAAAAGAAAACAGAACCCA